GCCGAAUAAAAAUAAUAUUAAUGAAAAAAACAAAGGCCCGGAGCAGGGUUUACUUAAGCAAUCCACCGAUAGUGCUUCCACCGCUCCUGGGGCGGUCGAUAUGGGUUCUGACGAUGCAACUGCACCACAUCAGUCGCGUUUGCUGCAGUCUUUCCUGAAAGGACACAGCAAAGCAGUGGACAACAUCAAACGCAAUAACAUGGAGAUUGCAAAAAAGAUGCAUAAGCAAACGAAAGCUGUGUUGGAAACGAAAGCUGAGAAUGAUCAUCUCAAAAUACAAUUGAGCAACGCGGAGCAGGAGCUGAAGGAACUAAAGAAGACGCUAGAAGGGGUGAAAAGGAGCAACACGCAACUCAAUGACACAUACAUAACUGUCCUGCAAAAGUACACCCACUGCGAGAAACACUAUGACGAAGAGCAGAGCAAGAUCAAAACGAUGAUCAAUCAGUUUGAAUCAGAAAUUGCUGCAAAGCAAUCGCGCAAUGAUGAAUUGCAGGGCGAGCUCAAGACCGUGCAGGAGAAAUACCUCGAAAUGAGUGCCCAAGUCGUUGCUAUGACCCAAACUCUUGAGCAGCAAAGGGCCGAAUUCCAAGCGAUGCAAUCACAGCUUGGAGAGCACGUUAAGGAAAAGACGGAGGCCUGUAACGCUAUGCAGAAUAUGGAGCAACAGUUGGCUGAACAAAAGCAGCUCCACGAGAUUAGGAUUUCAGAGCUGGAAACAGAGAUGCAAAACCAGAAUCUAGCACAUGCCGAUCUGAUCGAUCGCAACAAAUUAGAGUUAAACGAGGCCAAUCUGAAUAUAACGCGCAUUCAGCGCCAGCAUAUGGAAAUGGAACAGCGCUGUUGCGAGAUUCGGCAGUCUAAUGAAACACUCACAAAUGAACUUGAGCAGCAGCGAAACCAACUCAAAUCUGCUCACGCAGAGAUCAACGAAAGAAGCCUAUACCUUGGCGCAUUGAAGGACAACCUAAAGCAAGCAGAGGAUGCAAGGGACCAAUUAAUUAAAUCCAAUAGCGAUUUGCUACGGCAAAACGAGCAAGCCGCAGAAGAGUUUGCCACUGCAAAGACCAAGAUUGCUCGGGAAUUAAAGAAAAAAACAGACGAACUUGAGGCCACGGUUUCACGACUAAAAUAUGAGCUGCAGCAGCAGAAUCUGGCCUACGGCGAUUUAAGCACACGGAACGAACAAGAAUUAAAUGACAUACACGUCAUGCUCUCCGAUCUUCAAGGCAGGCUCAAUGUGAGCCAGGAGCUUUGUCAGCAGAAAGAACUGGACCUUAAAAAGCUGGAGAGCGAACAUCAAAUGAAAACCCAGAUUUUGCAGGACGAACUAAAGGCUGAAAAAGAAAAGUUAAGCGGACUAUCUAAACAAAACCAGGUCUUAGUAACGCAGUUCCGUGAUGAUGAGCAGAAAUACAAGGAUACCAUCAAUACACUUCAAGCUAAACUGGAGCAACAUGAUAAUAAAAUGAAUGCUCAUCAGCAGCAGAUGGAACGUUUGGUGGCUGAGAGAGACACACUGAAUAACAAUGUAAAUCAGCUACUCGGCAAAAAUGAAGAAAUCGCCAAUCAAUUGGCAACAGCAAAGACUAACUUUGAGCGGGAGCUAGAGUUGCAAAAGGACAUCCUAAAGAAAAAGUUGGCCUGUCUGCAAAUGGAGCUAACCAGCAAGAUAAACGAAAACUCUGAGUUGGAACGCAAAAAAGAUGGUAUCAUAGCUGAGCUGAAAUUCAAGAUGAAUCGCAUUGGCAGCGUGUUCGAGCAGCCUGUCAGCAGUGUCCGAGUUUUAAGACCGGAGCCAAUCCUGUCCAAGACUAACCAAAAUACGAAUCCUGAAUCGCUGUCGGCUAUUGAAAGUCCACCUGCUCCUUCACGAAAGCGUUUGUUAGGAAAACAACGAAUUGAAGCCAUAUCGGAUUCGUCUGACUUUCUCAGCGAUAACGAGGCUCCACCCCUUUCAAAGGUGAAACCGGUAAACAAGAGAGGAAUUGUAGGAGCCAAACGCGCUCGUUUAAUUCAAAAUGAGAAAGAAAACAAUGAUACUUUCGAAAAGUUAAAGGAAGGCGAUUAAAAUCUUUAUAGUAUUGGUCAAACCAUAUCGUCUUAUCCGUAAGACCUUAUAUAUAGCGUUUCCCAAUCUAGUUAGUACAAAUACUCAUAAUACUAAUAUAUCUCAUACGACCUGCUCUGGUUAGCCAAGUCGUAUUUACGAGAAAAACCAUAUAUUUUUUUUUUAUUUAUGUACAUAUGUAGACAACCUUGAUACAUAAUCAUUAAAAAGAUGGAUAAAUUGCUUCAGUUUCUUGAGGAGAACCAUAUAUUUGGCACAUAUGUAAAUAUUUAAACAUAAUCAUUAUUGAUAUAGAAAUUGAAACAUGGAUAAUUCAUUUAAGUUUCAUAAACACCGAGUACGGGGCCUUAUUAAUUUUUUUUAAAGUUUUAUUUGUAUAUUAACUGUUUUGAAAAACUAAUACAACUUUUUCUUAUCCGUAAGACCUGAUCCCAAUCCGGAAAAUAUGGAUAAUUAAGUUUCUUGAAUAUUGAGUUAAAAAAAUACAAAUUAAUUGAAUAAAUUUGUAAAUUUAUUUAUGGACCUGCUCUGGCAAGGCUUAU